UAUAUAUAUAUAUAUAUAUAUAUAUAUAAGGAAAAAGACAGGCGAUUAUUUUAAUUUGAACAUAAUUUCCUGUGUUGAUAACAAUCUUUUGAUUUUAUUGUAUUAGUUUAUAUAAAACAAACGAUAUAACGAAUAAUAUCUUGCAUAUAACGUAUUGCAAGAUAGUCUCGUGUUGAAAAAAAGCGUAUAUAAAUUCGAAGCAUGAAGAAUUUACCGUUCAUUUAUAUCUGGUUUAUCCUCUAUUUUGGGCUUCAAAAUUUACAUGCAAGAAGCAUCAAUAUUUUUCAAGAUAUUGCAGAGUGCAUGGAUCGAUCAAACAUGACAAUUCAUGAAUUAACGAAACUUCGUGACUCGUCGGAGGCAAGAAUAAAAUUAAUAAACGAAGAGGAAAGUUUCAGAAGCUAUGGCUGUUUCUUAGCUUGCAUUUGGCAACAAAUUGGCGUGAUGAAUGGCUCCGAAUUGAGCACAUAUAACAUAGCAGGGAUCAUCGAAAAACGAUAUCACGAUGACGAAGAUCUUAAAACAUAUUUUCAUAAAAUCGCGUUAACGUGCGAAGAUGACAUCUACAGAAAAUUUUUACACGUGAACGACAAGUGUGACGUCGCUCUUAGUUUCAAAUUGUGCAUGUUGAAAGCUAUGCGUAAUUAUCCCUGAAUCAAUUUAUAUUUUAUCUAUUUGCACUUGUCUAUUACCGCAAAAAUUACAGAGGAUUAAAAGAAUAUUUCAUUAUUCCCACCUUUUAUCGCUACCUUUCUCCCUAAUAGCGUUCAAAUAGGACUAAUAGCGACAUACGAUAAAAUUAAUCAAUCGGAAACGUAGAUACAGAUUGACACGCGUUCUAGAACAAUUAGAUUGCACAUUCGUCGGAUAGUUGCAAUUGUUGUUCCUUCGUGCAGUGUCGACAAGUCGCGUACAUGUUCGGUAAAAAGUUGAGAAACUCGUCGACCGGGAUUUCGAAAUCUCAGGUAUUAGUAAGGUAUCGAACGAAAAUAUUCAUUUUUUUUUAUCUGCGCAAAUUUUAACUUUUAAUUGAAGAUUGGAUACGAAAAAAAAAAAAAAAGAAAAAGGAAA